AAUGAUAAGAAUGAUCAAAUCAACAUUUUUCAACUGAUAUUUUUUUGUGUCAUUUGAAGAAGACCUCUUUCUUCCCAGCACAAUUUGAACGCAUCAUUCGUAUACUGCCUGCCUGUUUGCUCCUGUAGUGGCUACGUGUAAUUUUGGAGGAAAAUGGCAGAUAGAAAAAACAAUAAUGUUCCCAAUACAAGCGCAAAUUUGUUAUUGAACGCCGGUCCGGAGUUUACAUUCAAUUUGCCUUUCAUGCCAGUGAGUCAAGCCUCUGGCUCGGCGGUGCUGUCAGGAGAGGAUUCUACUGAUGUCGGCGAGGAAGACAGCUUCUUGGGUCAGACUGCUGAAAAUGCGCCAGCUCCCUCUACCUUCAACUACUUCUCCAACCCAGUAUCCAGCAGCGACCCGUUUGCUUCUAUUGGCCAACCACAAUGUCCACCACUAUCACUGGCAGGCGCAUCCAUGACAACCAUCACAGGAUCUGUUCCUAGCAGCAUUAACAUGGCACUGCCACCACCUCCAAUCUCACAGUUAAACAACGCUCCUCCUGCAUUUGGCAGUACAGUGCAUCAGAGCCCAAUGGGACGCCAUACUCCUUCCCCUGGCACAAUGACCCCGCCUCCUCCGCAAAUGCCGCAACAUAGUCAUAAUCCGUAUCGACACACUCCCACCAGCAGCAAAGCGAGUCCGUAUAUUGCAGCUCCUGAGGUCCUUCCGCCAAGCCAGCCAUCACAUCAGAAUCCCUAUUCAGUCAAUCCGGGGCUGGAAUCAUUCCACAUGUUCACAAAGGCUCCUUCCACUCACAUUCAGGCUCCUCCCCCACCAGCUAACCCUGCCGGUGCAGUCGUACCUGCUGGCAUGAGUCUACAGCACAAUUACAAUGUUUAUGAAACUGUUCAGCCUCACUGGUUCUACUGCAAGUUAGUAGAGUUAAGAAGUGUGUGGCUUCCUUUCAGCAUAAUUGACUCCCUCCAGCUUGAGGAGACAUAUAACUCUGUUCAACCAGACCCAGAAAAUGUGAUUGUACGUACAGACGGUGGCCGUUUUGAUGUGCACCUCUACGACCGCAUGCGCUCAGCAAUUUACUGGGAGGAGGAUCCCACAGAAGUGCGGCGCUGCACUUGGUUUUACAAAGGGGACACGGAUAGUCGAUUUAUUCCUUACUCUGAGGAAUUUAGUGACAAGCUGGAGGCAGAAUAUAAGAAAGCUGUCUCUACUAACCAAUGGCACCGUAGACUGGAGUUCCCAUCUGGAGAAACCAUAGUCAUGCACAACCCAAAGGUGAUUGUUCAAUUUCAACCCUCCUCCAUGCCUGAUGAGUGGGGCACAACUCAGGACGGACAGACCAGGCCCAGAGUGGUGAAGAGAGGGAUCGACGAUGACCACGAUGAAGUCCCUGAUGGCGAGCUCUCCAAGGUGGACCAUCUUGUGUUCAUGGUUCAUGGUAUUGGUCCUGUAUGUGACCUGAGGUUUAGGAGCAUGGUUGAGUGUGUGGACGACUUCCGCACUGUGUCACUGAAGCUGCUGCAAAGUCACUUUAAGAAAUCAUUGGAUGAUCACGCCAUCAGCCGGGUGGAGUUCCUGCCUGUCCAGUGGCACACGGCUCUACAUGGAGACGCCACAGGGGUGGACAGGAGAAUCAAGAAAAUCACUUUACCGAGCACAGGACGUUUACGUCACUUUACAAAUGAGACCUUGUUAGAUGUGCUGUUCUACAACAGUCCUACGUACUGCCAGACCAUCAUGGACACAGUUGCCUCAGAGAUUAACAGACUACACACCCUGUUCUUGAAGAGAAACCCGGAUUACAAAGGGGCAAUAUCUGUGGCUGGACACAGUUUAGGAUCCCUUAUUCUCUUUGACCUGUUGUCAAAUCAAAAGACUGAUACAACCACUCCCUCUAUACACACUGUGAAUGGAGACAGCAAGCAGGUAGCAGUUCCACAGGCUGUCACCCCUCCAGCUGUGGAGGAGGAGCCUAAAGAAGAGGGAGAAGAGUUGGAGGACCUUUCUGCUGUGCUGGAACAUCUUGGCCUGUCUGAGUACAAGAGCACCUUUGAUGAGGAAAAGAUUGACAUCGAAUCAUUUCUCAUGUGUACAGUUGAGGAUUUGAAGGAGAUGGGAAUCCCACUUGGCCCUCGGAAAAAGAUCGCCAAAUUUGUCAAGGAAAGAGUGGCUAAACAGGCACCGGCUCAGGAGAAAAAAAUGCAGGUCCAGACAGCAAGUCAAGUUUUAGAACCCCCACACGCUGGUGAAACGCUUCCUGAUCCCAGUGUGAAGAAGUUACCAGUGGGCGUCUCCUCCAUCCAUGUGGACUACAACUACUUUGAAGUUGGCACUGGGCAGGUGUCGGUGGUCUACCACAAUCUGGACUUCCAUCCAGUGAAUUUCUUUGCCUUGGGUUCUCCAAUUGGAAUGUUCUUGACCGUCAGAGGCCUUGAGAAGAUUGACGAGACCUAUCAGCUUCCAACGUGCAAAGGAUUCUUCAAUAUUUACCAUCCGUUAGACCCCGUUGCAUACAGGAUGGAGCCCAUGAUCAUACCAGACUUGGAAUUGAAGCCUGUUCUGAUACCACAUCACAAAGGAAGAAAAAGACUGCACCUCGAGCUGAAGGAGUCACUCUCCAGGAUGGGGUCUGACCUGAAACACGGUUUCAUCAGCUCGCUCAGGAGCGCCUGGCAGACACUCAACGACUUCGCUCGCGCCCACACGUCGUCUGCUCAACUUCAGGCUGAGCUGGCAAUGGUGGCCAAUCAGAUCGAAGAGCAGGAGAAGAGGGCACAGAAAUUUUCUGAGCAAAAAACUCUAGAAAUGCCUGAGCCACAAAAAGAGGAGGAGCCUCAAGUGAGGAUCGGGAUGCUGAAUGGAGGAAAUCGCAUUGACUUUGUCCUGCAGGAGAAACCCAUUGAGAGUUUCAAUGAGUACCUCUUUGCUCUCCAGAGUCAUCUCUGCUACUGGCAAUCUGAAGACACAGCUCUGCUUAUCCUGAAGGAGAUCUACAUGAGCAUGGGGGUCCAGCCAGAACAUGUGGUACAUUAGCACAACAAAAACUGUAUUUCAUGUCAGUUUUCCUGGAUUAUGUUGAUUAAUUUUUCCCUUCUACUUGCUACCAUGUGAUUUAUUGUUUGCAAAUGUACAAUACAAUUGUAUUUUACCAUUUGUCUUAAAUUAAGAAAAGAUUGAGCAUUUAUGUAGAUUAAACAAGUUUAUUGAUCACA